AGAGUUUCCGUGCUCUAGUGGCUCUAGCGGCUCUAGUUAGAUGUUGUUGUGUUUACUGGUAUUUCAUACUCCGUGCAGUGCGUGCAGUCCGACUUCGGCGGUGUGGAGCAACGAUUUGUGUUGAGCCCUUCGGCAUCGCCGCAGAGCAACGUGUCGUGAUCGUUUAAUGUCAGUUGGUGCUGUGUGCCCGUAGUGCUGCUGCAGCUCAUGCGUGGUGUUUAUUGGCUCGCAAAAAAGGAAUCAUGAGAAGCGGAUUCCACCGGGUCGAGCUGAACAAGACGGUGUGGGAGGUCCCUGUCCGCUACACCAACCUUUCGCCCAUCGGCGUCGGCGCUUAUGGACAAGUUUGUUCAGCAUUUGACAAGGAGAACAAGCAGAAGGUGGCCAUCAAGAAGUUGUCGCGGCCCUUCCAGUCGGCUAUUCAUGCCAAGCGCACAUACCGAGAACUGCGGCUUCUCAAGCACAUGGACCACGAAAAUGUGAUAGGCCUUCUAGACGUGUUCACACCUUCAACUACACUGGAAGACUUCAACGACGUGUACCUGGUGAACCAUUUGAUGGGCUCAGAUCUGAACAACAUAAUCCGGACGCAGCGACUGAGUGAUGACCAUGUUCAGUUUCUCGUCUACCAGAUUCUGAGAGGACUCAAGUACAUCCACUCGGCUGGCAUCAUCCACAGGGAUCUGAAACCAAGCAAUAUUGCAGUGAACGAGGACUGUGAAUUAAAGAUCUUGGACUUUGGCCUGGCACGCCAUGCCGAGGUGGAGAUGACUGGGUAUGUGGCCACGCGCUGGUAUCGAGCACCAGAGAUCAUGCUCAACUGGAUGCACUACAAUCAGACAGUGGACAUUUGGUCAGUGGGCUGCAUCAUGGCUGAGCUCAUCACGGGCAAGACACUGUUUCCGGGCAAUGACCGUAUCCUUUGAUGCUUGCUUUUGGUAAAAGUGGUGAGUAAGUUGCU